AUGUCCACAACUUCAUCGAAUAAGGCAGACAAGUCAACAAAUGCUGAUAAAACUAAAGAAUAUCCACUACCGUUGGUAUCAGCUUCUCUCUCAUCACCUACAAUCAAAAACACUGUGCCACAAAAGUGUUGCAUUAAGUAUCUCGAUCCACAACAAAAUUAUGAAAGUGUCACAUUUAUUUGGCUUGAUCCUCAAUCACAAUCAAAGGAUAAUAUUGUUAAUACACUUCGAAUGAUAAACAACUACGUUCAAUCAUACACCGAUUCAUUGUCAUGCUUUACUUCGAUAGAAUCAUCAAAGGAUAAAAUCUUUUUUAUCUGUACAUCAACUAAUAUAGAUGUAAUUUCCACAGCAAAUGCUAUGCCAAAUGUUGAAGCCAUCUUCAUAUUAAAACUGGAUGGACUAGCGUUUAAAACCGAUUUUGUCAAAGUCAUCGGUAUUUAUGAAGAACAAGAGGAACUUGUUCGGGCACUUAAACAAACUCUCGAAACAUGCCAACAAAUCAGAUUUGAAGAAUUUUUAUUCGAAACAGAGAACACGUUUAUUUGGUUGCAAUUGUGGAGAGAUGAUAUAAUGACGCGAAAAUCAAACAUUGGUAAACAGGAAUUUAUGGAAGUGACUCAAAACUAUUACCAGUACAAUAAUAAAAUACUUGCACUAAUACGAGAAUUCGGCCAUUCAUAUGUUGUAGCUGAUGCUCUUAGUUGGUGUCUUCGUUCUCCUUUUCCUUCACGUUUUAUUAGUCAUGCACUCUACUCUCGAAACAUGGAAAAUCUCAAUUUAUGUCGUUUUCUUAUCAAUGGUGCAACACGUUUCUUACAGCAACAACCUAAGCACAAAUCAAGCACACAAUUUUAUCGUGGUAUGAAGUUACAUAGUGAAUUUGUAACGAGCUUCGCCAAAAAUAUUGGUAAAUUGAUGUGUACCAGUUGGUUUUUCGUUUGUACUAAAUCGAGAACGGUGGCUUUGGCAGCUGCUCAAUCACCAGCUUAUCGUCCUGAUUUAAUACCAGUCUUUUUUAAAAUUGAUUGUGAUUCGAAAACAGCAUAUGUUGAAUUGUUUGAAAACGUAUCAUCGCCAGUUAUUGUUUUCGAUAUAUGCACUACUUUUCGAAUUUUAUACGUGGGACAAGAUCAAAUGGUGAUCGUGAAGAUGAAAAUAGCCAGUGAUGAUGGACGAAAAGCCGCUUGUGAAUAUAAAAAGAAAUAUGAAAGUGCAUCUAUUGAAGAAUUACUAGAUCAGGUAGCAUGCCCUUCAAAAGAAUGCAUCGUGCCAGAGCAACCACUCAAGCAGCCUGCUGAAAAUAGAGAACAUCAACCUUCGUCACCACCUACAUCAAAGACAAUACCUUUCAGUAGUCCAACAUACUCUGAUCGUGCAUCUGGAGCAAGUGCGUGCGAAGAGUGUGCACCAACUGAUUUGACUGUGACUGAAUAUGAACGUAUUCAACGGCUCUCAUCAUGUGAUAAUAUCGAGAUUGUAAAGAAUGCCACCAACAAACUUAACAGACAAGGUGUGAAGAAAUGGCGAGAUUAUAUCAGACAGUGA